AUGAAGCCGGCAUCUUUCCUCCCCCUCCUGGCGGCCCUGAUGGGCUCGGCCGUCGUGGACGCCAAGGCCGUGUUCGCACACUUCAUGGUGGGCAACGUGCAGUCCUUCGACCAGGGCGCGUGGGAGAACGACAUUGGCGUCGCCCAGGCCGCCGGCAUCGACGCCUACGCCCUCAACAUCGCCGCCGGGGACAGCAGCGUCGACUCGUCGCUGGCCAAGGCCUUUGCGGCCGCCGACAGCAAGGGUUUCAAGCUCUUCUUCUCGUUCGACUACGCGGCCUGGGGCGCGUGGCCGCAGGACAGGGUCGUGUCGCUCAUCAACUCGUACAAGGGCCGCGCCUCGUACUACCAGCACAACGGCAAGCCCCUCGUGUCCACCUUUGAGGGCCCCGGCAGCGCCAACCAGUGGGGGUCCAUCAAGGGCAGCACCAACGCCUUCUUCGUGCCCGACUGGGACUCCCAGGGACCGUCGGGAGCCGCCUCGCUUGCCGGAGGAGUGGCUGACGGGCUGUUCAAUUGGGAUGCCUGGCCGGUGGGUGCGGCCGACAUGAGCACCAGCAAGGACCAGGCCUACAAGAACGCGCUGAGCGGCAAGCCCUACAUGAUGGGCGUCUCACCCUGGUUCUUCACCAACCUGCCGGGCUGGGAUAAGAAUUGGUUGUGGCGUGGCGAUGACCUCUGGUUCGACCGCUGGCAGCAGGUGCUCCAAAUGCAGCCCGAGUUCGUCGAGAUCAUCACAUGGAACGACUGGGGCGAGUCGCACUACAUUGCGCCGCUGGACUCCCAGCAGUGGGGCCUCUUCAGCUCCGGUCAGGCGCCGUACAACUACGCCGCCGACAUGCCGCACGACGGCUGGCGGCAGUUCCUGCCCUACCUCAUCAGGCAGUACAAGACGGGCGCCACGUCGGUCGACAGGGAGGGGCUGACGACGUGGUUCCGCCGCAGCCCGGCCACAGCGUGCGCCACGGGCGGCACCACGGGCAACCACGCCGGCCACGGCCAGCAGGAGCUGCCGCCGUCGCAGGUGGCGCAGGACCGCGUCUUCUACUCGGCCCUGCUCACGUCGGGCAGCGGCGUCCAGGUGACGGUGUCGAUCGGCGGGUCCUCGCAGGUCGGGUCGUGGGAAGCCACCCCGGGCGGCAACGGCGCGGGCAUGUACCACGGCAGCGUGCCCUUCAACGGACGCCUGGGCCAGGUCGUCGUGACCAUCACGCGCGGCGGGAACCAGAUCGCGCGCGUCGACGGCGCGUCCAUUAGCACGUCGUGCACCAACGGCAUCACCAACUGGAACGCGUGGGUGGGCGGCGCCUGGGCGAGCGGCGGCUCGACGCCGCCGCCGACCGGCGACGCCUGCGUGGCUGGCUCGGGCCAGGGGAACUUUGGCGGCCUCUGCAGCUUCGCGUGCCACUACGACUACUGCCCGUCGCCCUGCACCUGCACCGCGCGCGGGACCAAGGUCAACCCACCGGCCGCCACGGGGCAGAAGGGAUAUCCCAAGGUCGGGGUCGCUGACCACUGCGCGUACCUGGGUCUCUGCUCGUUUGCGUGGGACCGCGGGUACACUGACAACCUGGCGGCUUGCGGCUCGGACCCGGCGGGCGCGGCGGGAUGCUGA